AUGCAUAUUCAUACGUGGAUUCUAUUCUUUCUCUCAUUACUCUAUAGUUCAUUAGCAGAUCAUUAUAAAGGCGGUAGCAUAUCAUGGAGACCUGUAAGUCCAUAUUCAUUAUCGAGUCCUGUUCAAGUUGUAAUAACAUAUCGAGACUCAUGGGCACUUAGCCGAUAUGCUUGUAAUGAUACUACUAUUAACAAAUUUCUAACAUAUAACGAUACACAAAAUGCUACAGCAGCAUCAAUUAUUUGCAUUAGUUCUUCAGCAGCAUGUACAGCGUCAAAUUUCACAGCGAUUAGCUCGAAAUUAUACUGUACUGAUUUUAGCACUGCAUUCGACGUAUCUACCGGAAGUUAUUAUUCGAAACAAAAUUUAGCAUUAAAUUCUGUAAUUGAUAUUGCUUCGAGAGGAGCAUCAUGGUCAAGGGAACAAUUUCUCGAUUUUUGGGGAUAUCGUCCAGUUCUCGCCCAUACGCAAUUUGGUGUGCAGAGCGCAAAUCGGAACUUCGUUUCUCAAAAAUCUCGAUUUCUAUUGGUUCCCGAUUGGCCAACGGUAUUUUGA